UUCGCGGUGUUUCGCUAUCUGCGUACGACCACUACGCGCGCCACCGAAGCGCUGACGCUGCCGAUCCAGUUCCAAGCCCGUGCACCUCUAAACGAAGACUUGAACCACUUGCCGGUACCCAUGCUAUCGGUACAGUCACCGGGCUGCGCGGGGAUGGAGCGGCUCGGCGUUCCUGCCCGCAGUUCCAUCGGAUCACCACCCAUGAGAGAUGAACGCGCCGGCGUUCACAACCAUAACCAUGGCCAUCAGCACCAGCACCAGCAACAGCAGCAGCAAAGGCAAAAGCAGCAGCAGCAGAUGCUGAACAGAAGCAGCAACUUCCGGAGCAACCACAAUCAAUCCUACCUGUCCAUUCCGUCGCACCAGCACUACAAUCAGCAGCUCGGUGGUGGCAGCAGUGGCAGCAGCAGCAUCAACUACAAGACUCACUACAGCAAAGCGAGCGCGUACAGUAGCAGCAUCAGCAGUAGCAGCAGUACCAGCGCCUAUCCCGUCACCAGCAGCUUCGCACAAUGCACGCACCACGUCCCGCUGCCGGACGGAGAGUAUGGACCGGACCGGGACCUGCAGAUACGAACGCCGUGUCAGCAAGCGGAAAUAUCGGGCACGUGCGUGAAACCCCCACCGAACAAAACCGUGCGUGACGUCCCCGUGCAGUACCAGACCACGGAUGCAAUCACGGCGCACGGUACCCGCACCAUCCUGUCGUCGCUGGCCGCAGCCUCAGCUUCCGUCGCCGGCGAUGGUACGGCCGUCUACCUUCGCGGCGCGUUGAGCGCAACGAGCGCGAGCAACGUAAGCAUCGUCGGCAGCUCGACGGGGUACCACUUCUACGGUAGCGGGUCGGGCGGCGGCAGUGGUACCAUCCCCCGGCCAACCGAUGGUAACCACCGACUGUCGGCAACCUCGGCUGCCAACGGCUUGAACCUAGCGUCCAGCGGGGCGGCGGUGGCUGGGAAGUCGGACAAGCUGCAGAAAAUCGGACAAAUUUUGCGGCUCUUCCCAGGUAACAAAACCUCCAAGUCCUCCUCGUCCUCGUCCUCCUCCUCCACGUCAUCAUCAUCAUCGUCGUCGUCGACAUCCAACAGCGGUGGUAUUAAUAGUGCUAGUAAUAAUAUCAAUAACAACGUCCACGGUGGCAACAGUGCCGGUUCCGCGGUCGGGAAUAAUAAUAACUACGGCAACGGUCUCCUGUAUCAAGCGGUCGGCGGCAACAACAACGGCGUUAGUUGUAGCAGUAGUAGUAGCUUAGGCACGGUCAACUGUGGCCCGAACGGUAGCGUUAGUAGUAACGGUUGUAACAAUCACAUCAUCAACAACAACGCCGGCCAGUUGAGGGCAGCGUCGGUGGCGUUGGUGGCGGGCGGGAACGGUGUAGGUCCUCGAGCCGAAGGACGCGCGAGCACUGGACUGAGUUUAGCGACGGGAGCCGGCGCAGGUAUUCAUAACCACAACCAGCACUACCGGUCGUCGGGAGUGGCGGCGGUAGUGGCGGCCGUGGCCUCUGGGCCCGCCGGAACCUCACCUAACCUGGCCACGUCACCGCUCGGGUCCUCCCCUUCCUCCAGCUCCUGCUCCUCGUCAUCGUCGUCUGCUUCAAGCUCGUCCUCGCUAGCUUCCUCGGCGACGGUGCAGCAACGGCUGCAGUCCGGAACCGAACCUGCUCCCCCCGGUGGUCCCCCGUCGCUGCCCACCACCGUUCCCGGGAGCACCGGUGCGUGCGUCGCGCUUCCGGUCCCCGCUUCGGUCAGUCCCAGCCCGGACCCGCACGCCCAUUACAUGUGA